AUGCAAAAGGCCUCCUCAGCCUCCCAAACCCCCCACCUCUCCCCCGCCGAGCUCUCCUACCUCUACACCUCUCUCGCCCUGCCCGGGGCCCCAAUCCGCCCAGACGGCCGCUCCCCAACGCAGUUCCGGCCCCUGUGCGCCGAGACGGGCAUCCUCCCAGGCACGAACGGGAGCGCGCGCAUCGGGUUCGCGGACGGGACGCAGGCUAUCGUUGGCGUCAAGGCGGAGGUGGAGCGUACAGAUUCAGGAGAGCUCUCCGGGUCGAGUUCAUGGGUUCAGAUCUCGGUUGAGAUCCCGGGGUUUCGUGAUGAUGACGCCUUGCCUGUUUUUCUAUCUGAGAUGAUGCGCGAGGCGUUGGGGGGUGUCGAUUCAGAUACUGAGACUGACACUGGGUCUGAGACUGGGCUCAAGGGUCGGUUGGUGAUUAAUCGACGCUGGCACUGGAGAUUAUACAUUGAUGUCCUCCUUCUCUCUCAACCACUCUCGUACCCCCUCCCCCUCCUCUCGCUCACCACGCAUCUGGCCCUCCUCUCGACGAAACUCCCCAAACUCAAAUCGCAGGGCGAGGAAGACCCCUUCUUCGACGACGACUGGGAAGUCGCCCAGAACUUAUACCCUAGACACUCGACGACAGUUGCACCCCCGAUCACCCUGCUUGUCGUCUCGGUGGGGGAGAAUAUCAUCUUCGAUCCGAAUCGGGAGGAGAUCGCGGUUGCGGACGCGGUGAUGGCCGUGUCGGUGACGAGAAGCGAGAAGAAUAGCUCUGCGAAGAGCAACGCAGAAGAAGGAAACCUAGCCCUGAAACCGAACCCGAAACUGAAACUCCUUUCUAUCCGCACGAUUGAUCCGCCGUCCCGUCUGACGCAGCCGGGCGUCCCCGAUGCAGAGAACGCGACCACGGGCGACGAAGAGGUUGCCGGCGUGUGGAGGCCUCGCAGGGGGGGUGUCAAGCGUGCUGUCGUUGCGAAUAUGGUGCAAUUGGUUCUCGGGGAGGUGGGCGAAGAGGUUUUACAGGGGUUAGAGGGGUUUAGCGUGCAUACAUGA